UUCUACGUAACGGACGGCGGAGGCUAGGUGAAGGGGGCGCGGCGUGACUGAGCUACCUGGUCCGGCUCUGUCUUAGAGGCUUCUGGGAGUGAAACAGAGGCGGCGACCAGACUGAGAGGCAGGCGGGGUGGAGGUGGCGGACCCAGGAGCGCUGGGCCGAGUUUUAGCCUCGGCUACAGGUGCAAUGAAAGCCUUCCAUGCUUUCUGUGUUGUCCUUUUGGUAUUUGGGAGCGUCUCUGAAGCCAAGUUUGAUGAUUUUGAGGAUGAGGAAGAUAUAGUAGAGUAUGAUGAUAAUGACUUUGCUGAAUUUGAGGAUGUCAUAGAAGAUUCUGUUACUGAAUCUCCUCAACGGGUGAUAACCACUGAAGAUGAUGAAGACGAGACUACUGUGGAGUUGGAAGGACAGGAUGAAAACCAAGAAGGAGAUUUUGAAGAUGCAGAUACCCAAGAGGGAGAUACCGAGAGUGAGCCAUAUGAUGAUGAAGAAUUUGAAGGUUAUGAAGACAAACCAGAUACUACUUCUAGCAAAAAUAAAGAUCCAAUAACAAUUGUUGAUGUUCCUGCACACCUCCAGAACAGUUGGGAAAGUUAUUAUCUAGAAAUUUUGAUGGUGACUGGUCUGCUUGCCUAUAUCAUGAAUUACAUCAUUGGGAAGAAUAAAAAUAGUCGCCUUGCUCAGGCUUGGUUUAACACUCAUAGAGAGCUUUUGGAGAGCAACUUUACCUUAGUGGGAGAUGAUGGAACUAACAAAGAAGCCACAAGCACAGGAAAGUUGAACCAGGAGAAUGAGCACAUCUAUAACCUGUGGUGUUCUGGUCGAGUGUGCUGUGAGGGCAUGCUAAUCCAGCUGAGGUUCCUCAAGAGACAAGACUUACUGAAUGUCCUGGCCCGGAUGAUGAGGCCAGUGAGUGAUCAAGUGCAAAUAAAAGUAACCAUGAAUGAUGAAGACAUGGAUACCUAUGUGUUUGCUGUUGGGACACGGAAAGCCUUGGUGCGACUGCAGAAAGAAAUGCAGGAUCUGAGUGAGUUUUGUAGUGAUAAACCUAAGUCUGGAGCAAAGUAUGGACUGCCAGACUCCUUGGCCAUCCUAUCAGAGAUGGGAGAAGUCACAGAGGGAAUGAUGGAUACAAAGAUGGUUCACUUUCUUACACACUAUGCUGACAAGAUUGAAUCCGUUCAUUUUUCGGAUCAGUUCUCUGGCCCCAAAAUUAUGCAAGAGGAAGGUCAGCCUUUGAAGCUACCUGACACUAAGAGGACACUAUUGUUUACAUUUAAUGUGCCUGGUUCAGGUAACACUUACCCAAAGGAUAUGGAGGCUUUGCUACCCUUGAUGAACAUGGUGAUUUACUCUAUUGAUAAAGUCAAAAAGUUCCGACUCAACAGAGAAGGCAAACAAAAAGCAGAUAAGAACCGUGCUCGAGUAGAAGAGAACUUCUUGAAGCUGACACAUGUGCAAAGACAGGAAGCUGCCCAGUCUCGGCGGGAAGAGAAGAAAAGAGCAGAGAAGGAGCGAAUCAUGAAUGAAGAAGAUCCUGAGAAACAGCGUAGGCUGGAGGAAGCUGCUUUGAGGCGUGAGCAAAAGAAGUUGGAGAAGAAGCAAAUGAAAAUGAAACAAAUCAAAGUGAAGGCUAUGUAAAGUCAUCCCAGAGAUUUGAGUUCCGAUGGCACCUGUAAGCUCUGAAUUCACAGGAAACAAAAAAACACCUGUCCAUUUCUCACCUUAAAUUUCAGACACUUCUAGCAAACUGAGAUAAUUUCAUCAUCCACUCUGCUUUUGGUUUGGAGUUUUAUGGGGGUUGUAGAUAGAUUGAAAGGACUCUGUUUCAGUGAUUUUCUUCCAGAUAAUCAAAUUAUUUUGAUUAUUUUAUAAAAGGAAUGAUAUAUGAAGUCUGUGUAGUUUUAACAUAUUUUUAAAAUUAUAACAUGAAUCGGCCGGGUGCGGUGGCUCACGCCUGUAAUUGUAGCACUCUGGGA